AGGUGGGUGUGUGUCUCUCAGCUGAUGCGCGUAACCACCGACCGACUCCAUCAUCAGCAUCCGACGCUGACAGCGGUCGAAGGCAACCGAGCCGCGGCGGCGACGCAGAACCACUCAGAGCCCGGCCGAGCAGCGCCGACGCCGCCGCCGUCUUGUGACAACGCUGCUGUCUCCAGGCUGCCAUCUUACCGACCAGCCAGCUGCAGAAACAUGUGUGUGCCCCCACUACCUGCAUUAGGUUGUGAUGACCCACACUACUUCCAAAUGUAUCUGUGACCCCUCCCCAAUCCUGACUCCUAACCUCUAAUCCCUGACCUUUGACCUCCACUAUGGGCAGUGUUGGCAGUGGGGUGGCAGGAGAGCAGGAGUUUGCCAUGAAGUCCGUGGGCACGAGGACCACCCUGCCCCGAGCCCCUCCUCUCUCUCGCCGUUGCCCUGCAGACCGCAGCUGCAGCGCCGAGCGACUGCCCCGCCCCCCGGCGACUAUUUCGGACGGGACGGCGUCAAGCGAUGAGCGAGGCAGUGUUAGUAUCGGGACUGGGACCUGCACUGGGACUGACCGGCCAACAGAGACGGCCUCCUCAACCCACACCGAAUGUACCAUGACCGCCCCCUCCAACAACAACCAGUUGGACUGCGGCAACAUAGCUGUCAGGAGGGAAAGAGAAUGGGAGAGGGAGAGGCAGCGCGAAAGGGGCAGGGACCGGGACCGGGACCGGGACUGGGACCGGGAGAGGCUCGAGAGGGAGCGCGAGAGGGAGAGGAACCGGGAGAGGGAGCGGGAGCGGGUGGAGAGGGAGAGGCUGGAACGGGAGAGGGAGCGCGAGAGGGAGCGGGCCAGGGAGAGGGAGAGAGAGAGGAUAGAGAGGGAGAAGAUAGAGAGGGAGAGGGAACGAGAGAGGGAGCGGGAGAGGGAGCGGGAGAGGGAGAGGCUGGAGAACGAGCGGAUGGAGAGGGAGAGGGAGAGGGAGAUGCAGAUGCAGGCGGCGGGUCUGGAUGUCUGUGGAAACAUUGUGGGUCGAGGAGUCGGCGAGAAGACCAGUGUGGGCAUGAACCACCACCAGCACAGGGAAAUGGUCGCAGCCAGAACCGACGGUGAAAACGUGCCGGUCGGCCACAACCCGCCAAACCACAACCCGCCCAAGAUCAUGGCUGUGUCAGGAAAACUGGAGCAGGCGAUGCAGAGCACCUCCGGCCUCGUCCGUCCCUCCGCCUUCAAGCCGGUGGUUCCGAAAAGCUUUCACUCCAUGCAGAACCUGGUGGGCCAGGCGGGAGGGGCUGGGGGUGAGGGAAAGACCGACGCCAGGGGCGAGGGGUUCAGUGAGGGCAGAGUAGGUAGGAGAGGCAGGGAUGCAGGGGCAGGAGAGACAGGGGAGGUGCCAGAGGCCCUGCUCCUGGACCAGGACAGUCCAGUUAGGGUCAGUAGGAGCGAUGGAGGGGGAAAUGGUACCGAGGUGGUUCAAGGUGGGAUGUCAGAUUCGGGGAGAAACUCCCUGACCAGUCUGCCCACCUACACAGGCUCGGGGUCUGGCUGUGGGCCCCCAGCAGUCUUAGGGCCCCUCAGUGCUUCUACCAGCCACAUUAACAGGUUAGGCAUGGCGGGGGCAGCUGCAGGUCUGGACAAACUGGAUAAGCCUGGCUACCAGAACGGGCUGAGCGCCUCAGACAGCGGCCGGUCCUCCUCGGGGAAGAGCUCCUCAUCCUACCAGAGGCUGAGCCACCUGAGCGACGCUCCGGCACCUCUGCGACCCUCCCCCUCCUCCGAUGACAUCAUCCAGGACCUCGAGGACCGGCUGUGGGAGAAAGAGCAAGAGGUGCAGCACAUGCGCAGAAACCUGGACCAAAGCGAGGCAGCCAUCAUUCAGGUGUUUGAGGAGAAGCAGCGCGUUUGGGAGAGACAGAUGGACGAGCUGCGACAGAACUAUGCUUCACGUCUGCAGCAGGUGACCCGCCGGGCCCAGCGCUCCCAGACCGCCCUGCAGGCCCAGAUAACUCGUCUGUCCCAGGACAAGAGGAGGCUCCAGGAGGAGAUGGCGGCUCUUUUGGCUCAGAGAGAGGAGCUGGAGAGAAAGUGUCUGGAUUAUAGGAAAGAACAGGCUGACAUCCUGCCUCGUCUGGAGGAGACCAAGUGGGAGGUGUGUCAGAAAGCAGGCGAGAUCUCCCUGCUGAAGCAGCAGCUCCGGGAAAGCCAGGCUGAAGUGACCCAGCGGGCCGGAGAGAUGGUGGCCCUGAGGGGUCAGCUGAAGGAGCUCAACGCCCAGCUGAGGGAGCGGGAGGAGGUCAUGCUGGGCCUGAAGGACUCCUACAGCACAAAGUGUCUGGAACUAGAGAAGUGUGAAGGCGAGCUAAGGAGGACGCUGUCUGAGGUGUCCAUCCUGAGAGAGAAGCUGGGUGUUUUUGAGGCAGAGGUGCUAAGUUUGAAGCGUGCCCUGAAUGAAGCGAGCAGGGGGGCAGAAGUGAUCGUGAGCCCUAACUUAGCUGCAGCGGGGCUCUUGCCGCCAUGGGGAGCCGUCCACUGCCCCAGAAACCCAACUGAGCCCUCCACCAGCUCGCUCACCCCCACAUCCGACACCUUGCUUAGCCUGCAAAGUGAUGAAGCUAAAGCCCAAAGGCAGGAAGCUCAGAGACAGGAGAGGCAGCAGCGCGAAGAAGCUCAGUGGCGCGACGUGCAGCACCGACAAGACACACAUAUGCAACAGGACAUCCAGAUGGGUCAGAACCAACAGAUCAGGCCGGAGGCCCAGCUCCGGCAGGAGGCUCACCUCCGCCACGAGGCCCAAAUCCGUCAAGAAGCUCAAAUACGGCAAGAAGUACAAAUGCGUCAGGAAGCGCACCUUCGUCAGGAGGCCCAGCUCCGCCACGAGGCCCAAAUGCGCCAGGAGGCCCAGCUGCGUCACGACUCGCAACUCUGCCAGGACAUGCAACUGCGACAGGACGGCCAUCAGCCACAGCGGGCCCAGGAGGGUCACUGGGACGAAGCGGGGGAGCUGCGCAGGCAGCUCGAGCAGCUGCAGUCCGUCCUGCGCUUGGAACGCCAGCAGCGCGAGCGACAGGCGCUCAACUUUGACCAGGAGCGGCACACCUGGCAGGACGAGAAGGAGCGGGUCCUGAAGUAUCAGGCGCAACUGCAGCUCAGCUACGUGGAAACGCUGCAGAAAAACCAAGCUUUGGAGAAACGGAUGAGCCAGCUGGGCGGCAAACAGACCACAGCCUCCACCGCCGCUGUCACCGCUACCACCACCACCUCCCCCACCUCCUCCAACUCGCCACCUCCACCAAUAGCCAUGUCCCCUUUGUCUCCUCAGCAGCUCCCUUCCUUCUCUGGUCCAUCCUCUCUUUCUGGUCCAUCCUCUCUUUCCGGUCCUUCGCCCCUUUCUGGUCCUUCACCCCUUUCUGGUCCCCCUUCCCAUUCCGGUACUCCAUUUCUCUCCGGUCCUCCCUCCCUCUCCGGUCCCCCUUCCCUCUCUGGUCCCCCGUCCCUCUCUGGUCCCCCAUCCCUCUCCGGUCCCCCUUCCCUCUCCGGUCCUCCCGCCCUCUCUGUUCCCCCCUCCCUCUCUGGUCCCAUUGCCCUCACCCUCUCGCCUCCCUGUGAAGACCAAAAGGGCCCCCCGUCGCUCCACCAGCUCGCUCCCCCCUGGGCCGGGCCGUCGCGCCUGGAGAGGAUAGAGUCGACAGAGAUAUAAAACGCAGCUUCACGAAGCGAACGCUCUCUUCUUUUUCUACACGCUCAAAGCGGCGAGGCCUCUCACCCAUUUCAGCAUCCAGUAGAACACAAGGUCUAAAACAAUGCGAAACACUUUUUCAAAGCAACAAAGCUAUCAGGAACAAACAUCAUAUCAACAGGAAGCCGAACCCGUACUCUUCUUCACUGUCGCUGAGUUUUCAGCCUCCUCAGAGGCCUUUCUGUCUCUCCGAGUGUUGCACUCUGAUACAUUUUACGUGAUCAGAAACGUGCGCCGCGGUGACGGAUGGUAAGAGCGGGGGGAGGGGGGGUGAAAAACAAAAAAAAACAAAGAGAAAAUAAGUUUAACUUACAGCACUAACACAUGCGUCAUUAAAUGCCCGUGCUAGAAAAGGAACAAGACAAUCAGGGAUAUUGUCAGAGAUGAUCAACAAGAAUUAUAUUGUGCUGUUUAUUCAUUGUAAGUCUGUGUCACUGGUUAUGUAAAAAGUAGAUUUAGUGGUCGGAGUGUGUGACGUCAACUUACAUUUUUUGGCCAGAGAGCGCCUUACCCCGUCCUUCCCAGCGAGUGUAAGAGAAUAAAUCAGUGCUGGGAGCCGAAGAAGAAGAAGAA